GCAGUUCGCUGUCUGUCAUGCUGGUAAACUGCACGCGACGACUAGAGAGUUUGAGAACCUUCCAGUGCCUGAUCUGCACUAUAUACAAACUCACACUCACUCACACACUCACUCACUCACACACUCUUAUACACUCAUUCAUUAGAACACACUCACUCUUAUACACACACUCUCCAUCAGACUCUCUUAAACACUGUUACAAACUAUCUGAUCAGUAAUCACGGAGUUACUGUCAGGAGAAACAGAAGAGCACUGAAAACACCUGCCCAGAGAUGGCUGAAGGGAACAGAAGACACCAGCAUAAUUUACAGGGAGUUUUGCGAUUGGCUGUUGAUGCCGGCUCUGCCUCCGAUGGCCCCACAGCCAGUGAGCCGAUGUCCCAGGAGAGGUUGGAGUUUCUUCGUGGAGCGCUGGCAGAGGUGUGUAAAGGGCAGAUGGAUGAGGUGGAGCAAAUGAAGCAGUGUGUAUCUGUGCUGCUGCGGGAUGAUGGAGAGAUGGGGGGAGAGGAAGGAGAGAAGGAAGAGGAGGAGGAGGAUGAAAGAGAGGCUGUGCUGGAUUUGCUGUCUGAUCUAUGUGAGAAUCUGGAUAAUGCUAGAGACCUGAUGAAGAUGGGCGGUUUGGAGGUGUGUCUAUCGCGGUGUUUGUGUCACUCUGAGGCGGGUGUGCGCUGGAGAGCAGCUCAGCUCAUUGCCAGCUGUGCCCAGAACAUGCCCGAGGUACAGGAGUACCUACUUCAGCAGGGGGCGCUACACACACUGCUGCAGCUAACUGACCACGACACAAAUCCCACCGUUCGCGUUAAAGCACUCUACGCUGUGUCCUGCUUGGUCCGGGAGCAGGAAGUGGGUCUGCGGGAGUUCUUAUCUCGGGAUGGUUUCUCAGUGCUGAUGAGGGGGAUGCAGGCAGAGAGCGAGAAACUCCGAACCAAAUCUGCCUUCCUGCUCCUCAACCUUCUCACCAGCAACCCUGAACACAAAGAGACAGUGCUGUGUAUGGGAAUGGUACAGCAGUUAGUUGCAGUGCUUCGCUCUCCUCACUCUGCAGUGCAUGAACAUGUCGUUGGCGUCCUCUGUUGUUUAGUGGAAGAGUCGGAGCGUGGUGUAUCAGAUUGUACAGAUCCCUCUCUGGGGCUGGAAGAGCUACUAAACCAGAAAGUCAAGGAACUAAAGGGGCGAGAGGAGAGCCAGGAGGAGCUUGAGUUUUGUGAACGCUUGCGUGCGGCUUGUUUCCGGCGGCAACCACAGGAGGAUGGCGGGAUGGACCGCUGAGGGGUUCAGAAGACUGGUGAUGACCCUGCUGUGCAGUGAUUGGUCAAGAUGAACAUCAGGUAGCCGUGGAGAGAGAGAGAUAAAAAGAGAUAAAGAGAGAGAGAGAAUAUAAACAUGUUACUCAUUAAACACACCUGCAGCUUUCUUAGCUGAUUGUACAGAGACAUGUUUACAGUCAGAUUCAUAUUUCUGUGGAAGGAUUUAAAUGACAUCAGGAGUCAUGUCAGUUUGUAGACAUACAGUAAAGCAGUAUGAAUUAGCUUUUACUCCUCUGUAGUCCUCUACGGUAAAUUAAACAAUAAAGAUGAAUUGUUUUCUAAUUUUCACAUAGAUUGAGUUUUUGAUGUGUCUGUAUUCUUAUUUUUCUUUUCUCACAUUUGGUCAGAGUUUGAAUAAAAUCAUGUCUGGAAGGGA